GGUCCAGCAGGAGCCCCAGGAAAUCCAGGGCAAGACGGAUCAGGUGGCGGUUCAGGCCCCGCAGGACCUCCUGGACCUCCGGGAGCACCUGGACAAAACGGAAACCCCGGUGCACCAGGACAAGAUGGAGCGCCCGGAGCACCAGGAACCAGAUCAAGAAGCUAUCCCGGUCCAGCCGGUGCCCCAGGACCUGCAGGAGCUCCUGGUUCGCCUGGUCAGAACGGCAGUAGCUAUGGAGUCGGUGCACCAGGACCAUCAGGACCACCUGGUCGACCAGGUAACAACGGGAGACCAGGAAGUCCAGGAGCACCAGGACAGCCUGGAAUCAGUGGAGCUCCUGGAUCAGAUGCUGCAUACUGCCCAUGCCCGAGAAGAAGCCGUGUUUGA